UAAUCACAAUUUGUCAAAAUAAAAUAAAAGAAAAAACUUGGAAGUUGCUCGAUCUCUUGAUUGACUUGGUGAAUUCUUCUUUGCUAAGAAACCAAACCCAUAUUAUUCUAAUUAUUAGGGUGUUUGGACUUUCCCCUUUACGUUUGGAUCCGUGUAUUUUCCGGGAAAAAGUUCCUAACUUUCCCAGAAAAUAUUGUUAAUUUUCCUUCAAAACCUGUGAAACCAAACGCUCUUGUGGGUUCAACAUGGGGCUGGGGCAAUCCAAGGACGAGCUGCUCUACCAUCAGGUCAGUUAUGGCAGCGCGGAGGGCAUCAAAGCCCUUUGCAGAGAAGGUGCAGGCCUCGAGUGGAUUGACAGAGAUGGAAAGACCCCUUUGAUUGUGGCGUGUAUGAAUCCGGCGCUUUAUAAUGUUGCAAAAACUUUGAUAGAACUCGGAGCAAAUGUCAAUGCGUAUCGGCCUGGUCGUCAUUCUGGGACUCCUCUACAUCACGCAGCUAAAAGAGGCCUUGAAAAUACUGUGAAGUUAUUAAUUACGCAUGGAGCAAAUGCAUUGGUAAUGAAUGAUGAUUGUCAAACUCCUCUUGAGGUUGCUAGGGCAAAGGGGCACAGCAAUGUUGUUCGUGCUAUUGAGGAUCAUAUUUGCUUAUUCUCUGGUUGGCUGCGGGAGUUUUACGGACCAGGUUUUCUUGAAGUAUUGGCACCUCAAUUAGUCUCGAGAAAAGUUUGGGCUGUUGUUCUUCCCUGUGGUUCACGCAAUCCUAAGAAGCCUUUCAAGUUGGAGCUUGCCAUAUACCCUAGUUUGCAGGAUGCACAACCACGCACAGUUAUUGCAUUAUGGAAAGCCAAUUUGGAAGAACCAAAGCUACACCAGUCUGAUCCUUCAGUGAUAAUACAAAAUAUCUCCACCAUCUCAAGAGGCAGGAGGCGGAGGCGAAGUGUUUGCGCCUCCCGAGAGGCGAGGUGUAACUCUCGAACACAUAGGCAAACACGCUUUAAGCUUGCACCUGCGAGUGAAACUGACAAGCAACAACUUCGGUGGUUUUGUGAUGCAUGCAAGGGAAUUCCACAGGCAGCGCAUCCUACAUUUUUGCAUAAUAAUCAGACCCCAGUUGUUCCAGCCACUGCACCACUAGCUGCUGAAGAUUUAGAACUGGCAAUGGCUAUCAGUGCCUCAAUUGAAUCUGCUCUGCAGGAAGGACCACCCCUUCUUGAUGCCCACCCAAGCUCUGAAGCAAGUUCAUCCACUAGUUGGAAUAACGCUGUGGACACUAGCGGUCAUGGUGGUUUGGAUGUACCGAUAUCACCUGUUCCAAAAAUAACUACUUCUGAGAUGGCAGUGCAUGAAACUGGCCUUGAAGGCAAUUCAAGUCAGCAAACCCGGAACCACAACAACAUUACUGCAACCCAAACAAAUCACACCCCAAGUUCGAUCGCAUCAGCUCCACCAAUUGCUGAUGAGAUUAUAGAAGAUGGUAUUAUUUACUACCCAUCAAUUGAUUCCACUCCUGUUGACAUCUCAUUGCAAACUAUCGAGGAUGUACCUACUAUAGCAGGUGAAAGGAAAGAGGAUGGAGGCGCAUCAUCAUGCGUGAUAUGUUUGGAUGCUAAAGUUGAGGGGGCAUGCAUUCCCUGUGGCCACAUGGCUGGAUGCAUGUCUUGUUUGAACGAGAUCAGAGCUAAGAAGUGGGGUUGCCCUGUUUGUCGUGCCAAGAUUGACCAGGUUAUAAGGCUGUUUGCAGUUUGACUAUUGCAGCAGAAUGUGAAGAAUCUCUAAAUGGUCAGUGGGUUUUGGACAUCUUAAAGAAUUUCGUUUAUGUGCUUCUAUAAAUUACAGUCCUAAAUAUUUGGGACCCUCACCUGAGGGUUUCUGUGUGUAUUAUUGCCUUGUACUGUGCUGUCUGAAGUGUCAGUUUUUGAGGCUGUAAAACCUGUUUCCCCUCUAUAGGCCAAUAUUUAAACAUUUCGGUAAGCUACAUGAGCUCUGAUCUACACCUUUUAUAAUUCUGAACUGGGAAGAGCAAGCUCUGAAGUUUUAAACAAUUUAAAGUAGUACGGUUUGUAGCAAUGAAGGUAGGGUUGUAGCCUCUAGGUCUAAGGAGAGGCCAGGGAUAUCCACAUUACCUCAGGGACAAGGCAGUAAUAUGAUGAAAAACUUUUCAGGUCGGAUUCUAAACUCAUUAAAAGAAAAUGAUGUCUCAAGUGUUCGGUUAUGCAGAUGACAGAAGAGGUUGCAGUCAGAGACACUACUAGCCUGCAGUACUAGAUAUCCUAAUGAAGGAGAGGCACAGCAGCAAGACUCCUAAUGAAUUACUCAGCUUUUAGUAGGUUGUGUUUGAAUGCUCUGCUUACAGUUGGAACCGAAGCAGGCCAAUUCAGAGCAUGAUUGAAUUACAUGGACACAAGCAGGUGAAGUUCUAAAAGUAUAUAGUUUCUGUACAAGAUUCUUGUGUAUAGAGGCCUCCUCAUCCGAAACCAGUGUAUGAUUGAGAUUUGUGUUCAAAACUGUUGCAUUAAUUAUAUCUGUUACUGUCCAGUAUCAA